AUGGCCGCCACCACUUCCGUCCCCACCUCCAACCAGGUUCUGGUUCCGGAGACCCUUCUCAAGAAGCGCAAGUCUCAGGAGAAGGCUCGCGCUGAGCGCAACUCGGCCACCGAGAAGCGCAAGGCUGCCAACAAGGAGAAGCGUGGUGUCAUCUUCAAGCGUGCUGAGAAGUACGUCAAGGAGUACCGCGACGCAGAGCGCGAGAAGGUCCGCCUCUCCCGCGUUGCCCGCGAGAACGACUCCGCCUACGUUCCCGCUGAGGCCAACCUGAUCUUCCUUAUCCGCAUCAAGGGUAUCAACAAGAUCGCCCCCAAGCCCCGCAAGAUCCUCCAGCUUCUUCGUCUCCUCCAGAUCAACAACGGAGUCUUCAUCAAGAUCACCAAGGCCACCACCGAGAUGAUCAAGAUCAUCGAGCCGUGGGUUGCCUACGGUUACCCCAACCUCAAGUCCGUCAAGGAGCUCGUCUACAAGCGCGGUUACGGAAAGGUCAACAAGCAGCGCGUCGCUCUCACCGACAACUCCAUCAUUGAGGAGAAUCUCGGCAAGUACGGCAUCGUCUGCAUGGAGGAUCUCAUCCACGAGAUCUACACUGUCGGCCCCAACUUCAAGCAGGCCUCCAACUUCCUCUGGCCCUUCAAGCUCUCCAACCCCACUGGUGGCUUCCGCCCCCGCAAGUUCAAGCACUUCAUCGAGGGUGGUGACCUUGGCAACCGCGAGGAGAAGAUCAACGCCCUCAUCCGCCAGAUGAACUAA